AUGCACACACCCGACUGGUCGUUUCUGCGCGGCAGGAACGACGGUGAACACUGGGCCAGCGUCCAUGCCACGCUCCCGGAACUCGUGGCAUGGGCCGAUAUAUCCGACUUCGAGUACUACAUGGGUAUGAUACCCUUCCCUUACGAUAACCCCGAGGCCGUCCGAUGUUACGAGACGGCCAAGUCCGGCGCCCAAUCCCAAGAGUUAGAAUUCAGCCACCAGCACUACGUUUCCGGCUUCCUGGGCGCGGUCCACGACGAGUGCGUCAAGCGGCUGCACAUGGGCGGUUGA